UGGAGCCCCUCUCCUCGGCGCACUGACGGCUCACAAGGCGACCACACUUUAAACCAGCAGUCAAAGAUGCGAUAAACUUUCAUUAACUUCGUCUCAGAUAGUCAAGGCUUCCAAAUGUUUUUCUCUUUUCUAUUAGACGCCGGUGUCGGUGGUUUCGGUUGAUAUUAAGAGUCGCUGAAAUUCUUUUCCCCCUUCUUCUUCCUCUGGGGUCAGUAACCUGUGGAGACAGAUACACGGAUUUACUGCAAACUGGAUUUAUCCGUGGCGGAGUUUAAACGGCCUUGUCGCGUGCUUUUCGAGGCAGAAGUUUUUUUGUUGCUUUUUCUAGUCUUCAAUAAAGACUUUAAAGAAAAAAUAACAUCAUAUUUGACACUAACAAAGAGCAGUGUUUCCCCUGCUGUAAGAAAAGACAGACCUUCGAUAUUAUCGCAACAGGGAAAAGUGACUGACAAGGCCUUGGACCACCUGUUCUGAAGAGCCAAGGACAGAAGGAAGUAAGGGAAAAGGAAGGAAGCUGUUCCCUUUCGCUUCCUACUGUAUACAGAUGUAUGCUGAGAAAGUUCUGACGGAGGGGAAGAUGGCGAACAGGGGAAUCUCUCUGACCUGUGUAUUGACGCCCUGCCGUGUCAUUGGGGUGUGUAUGACUGUGAUGACCUUGGGAGCCGUCGGAGCCGCCGUCUGGGCCGUAGUUACGUAUUGCACAAUGGAGGAAGACACCGGAAUGUAUGAUGUCCAGGUAACUUCACUUGACCAACGUCUCAGAGUCUUUGAACCCGCCCACAAGAGGUGGCGUCAGGUGUGUUCCUCCUCAGCCAAUGAGCUGCUAGCUAGCAUCAGCUGUGAAGAAGUGGGCUUUGUCAGUAUGGUAAAUUACUCUGUCACAUCGGUGCCGGACGCCAGCGGAGACGGUGGGGAGUUCUUCUGUGUCCGAGAGCAGGAGCUCAGCUACGGCAAGAAAAUCAAAGACUCAUUGUUCCCAUGUGACUGUGAGAGCAGGGAGGUGCUCACACUGUUGUGUCAAGACUGUGGCAGGCGUAGCUUUGCAGCAGACCGUAUAGUUGGAGGUGUGGAUGCCAGGCAGGGCGGUUGGCCUUGGCAGGUCAGACUGGAGUACGAUGGAGUCCAUCAGUGUGGAGGCACCAUCAUCUCCAACCGCUGGAUCGUCUCUGCAGCUCACUGCUUCAGAGAGCGAUAUCGCACCGUUAAUCGCUGGCGUGUGCUACUGGGCUCCAUCUACAGUAAACCAGUCAACGCCAAUGUGGCGGAGGUGAACACCAUAGUUUACCACAGCAGCUACCUGCCUUUUGUGGAUGCUAGCAUCGAUGACAACAGCAGGGACAUAGCUGUCCUGGCCCUCACACAGCCCCUCGCUUUAAACGAAUAUGUCCAGCCUAUUUGUCUGCCUGCAUAUGGUCAGAGACUGGUAGACGGACAGAUGGGAACAGUAACAGGCUGGGGAAAUGUAGAUUACUAUGGUAUUCAAGCAGAUAUACUGCAGGAAGCGAACGUCCCCAUCAUCAGUGACGCUGUCUGCAACGGUCCUGAUUACUAUGACAACCAGAUCACCACCAGUAUGUUCUGUGCUGGUUAUGAGAAAGGAGGCACUGACGCCUGCCAGGGAGACAGUGGCGGUCCUUUUGUCGCGGAAGACUGUCUCUCUAAGAGCAGGAGGUAUCGUCUGAUGGGGGUGGUGAGCUGGGGGAUAGGCUGCGCCAUGGCCAAGAAACCAGGUGUCUACACCCGAGUGUCCAGAUUCCUACCAUGGAUAUCUACGGCCAUGAGGAACUAUAACAACACGCCAGGGCUUCACAAAAUGGCCCGAACAUGAGACUCCUGCUCUUAUGUUUCCACCUUUUUUUGCUCUUUGAUGGAAGGCGUGUGAGGCUCUCCUCAUAUCAUGGUUGUUCAUACUCCUUUUUACCUAACAUGAUUUCUUAUUAAGGAUUCAAUCUCUUCAUGAACCUAAACACAAUGUUAAUGUCCACCAACUCUGAAGUGUUUGGCUGGAAAUACCAAACAAAUCCUGUAUUGUAGCAAGCCAUAAACCCCUCUGCUUCAGACCUGUUCCAACAGUGCUGAUUCUGUGUCUGUAGCUCUAAGUGUUAAUGAGCUGCUGCUGGCGGCGCCCCUCUGCAAGAUGGUUGGUUAAAAAAACACAAUGGUGCUCUACGAGAAGAUUCAGGUGAUAAGGUCGGUGGGUCUUACCUUGGUUGGUUAGUGGCUAAUGGUUGCACAACCCAAAACAACAUUGUCACAUCACAAAGUUGUUCAAAACUUCCUGAAACUUUCCAAAUCUCUUAACACAGAGGGGACACAUAUAUAUGUAUAAAAGACACCAAAAAGUGGAUUUUGCAUAAUAGGUGAAGUAAAAAACGGAUAAAAAACUAAAUCACUGUCACACAAUACAAGAUACCCUUUUUGUAAACUAUAAUUAAUAUAAUUUCCCUCUUCUUAGCAUCAAUACAUUGAAUUCAGCCUUGUAAAUGUACAUUUAAAAAUUACAGAUGUAAUACCAAGGGUUCAUAAAUAAGGAGAUUUAAAUUCCUUAUGUCUCAAAUCUUUCCGUACUUUCACAUUGUGCAACCCUGAGAAGCAGGCAAACACACACACAUACACCCACAAUAAAAGAUCUUAAUUUAUGAGUAUUGCUAAUGGAUAACUACAACUUUACCUUGUGUAUUGUACUUGGUAAAAUCACAACACGUAAAACUUUUCACAACUUUUUUAUAAUUAAGCUGUAAUACAUGUUAUGUCUUUUAUAUGCAGUAUCCUGACUUUUGUAUAAGAAAUCAUUUUUAAUUCAAGAUUUGUCUUUUUUUUUUUUUAAUCUGUAUGUUGUUAAUGUAUUGUAAAUAUUAGUAAUGUCUUGUUUAUGUAGAUGUUUAUUUGAAGCAAGUUCAAAUGAUCUACAUAUCUCAAAGCUAACUGGCAGGAGUGUGUAUACUCAUAUCAUGACCAAUAGUAUUAUAUACUUAAACGUCCCCUCUGCUCCUACAGUAGUACUUAAAAUAAACCACCACCAUUUCAGCAAUACGAUAUACAACAUAAAUUGUUUUAAUUGCACACUUGUAUGGUUGAGAUUAAAGUGGCACAACAGCUUAAAAUCUUCAUAAUUCUUUUACAUUAUGUUGAUGUUACAUAUUAAAAAAGAGUGUUUUAUUAUAAUAUAUUAAGACACACAAAAGGACAAAAGCAGGGUAUCUGCGCACUGGGUUUAAGAUUUUACUACACUGUGAAAUGUGGAUGCUUCAUGAAAAACUUUAAGGAAAAUGUAAGCUCUUAAUGUCAGCGUACUGCAAAUACACAACUGUAUUUAGAAAAAGUCUUAUUCAGAAGGUUAUGUGGAAUAUUGCUAUUGAAUCUGGAUCCAUAAAGUCCCAAACUACUCCCCAGUAGUUUCACAUGUGAUCGACAAAGUGAAUGCUUGUACAUUUAUGGCAAUUUUCAUGUGUGAAAGAGAAAUUCAUAUUGUAAAAUGUAAAUUGUAGCAUUGUGUAUUGUAUUAAAAUAAAAAUAAAACAGCCCA